UUCGAGAUUCUUCUUAAUUCCCUCGGAUAUUAGCUUCCGUAAUAAACUCCGUGACUCUCCAUGGAAAAACCGCAAGAACAAAUCUAUUAUCUUCAAAUGCGGAUUAUCUAUGAGAUCUUGAUGAAUUGAUUAGUCAACUCAAUGGAGGACUGGGAUUGGGAUUAUUUAUGGGAGAGUGAGUCCUUCGAGGAUGUCAGGACUUUGACUAUCGAUCAAGCUUCGAUCGCUGAGAAAUCAAGAGUUUCUGAUACCGGUGAAUUAUUCCCGCAAUUCGUCUCGAAACUCGAGGAUGAGAGGGCGAAACGUGCGGCCGCUGAAGAAGAGGAAAAAAGGGAGAGACUGCGGAAACUCCUAGGGUUAGAUAAAAUGAAAGCCCGAGAUUCCGCAGAGACAAUUCUCACUCCUGAUGAGGACCUUCCAGUAUCCGAGAGUAGCAGCAGCGAGAGCAGUGGAAAUAUCUGCCUCAGGAACAUCGGAGUUAGUGAUUCCCAGCUGAAGCUGUUGAACAUCUUCAAGGUCUAUCCAGUGCCAGACGAUCCAGGCCUGGUGUCCGGAUUCUGGGUGCUCUUCCCCAGAGAGAUAUCCUACAAAGAGGACGGCAUCCAGAAGUUCCUGGACAUCAGUGCGAGGAUGAAAUUACGACCCAUCCAGAGACUCCAGGAGAUGCUGAAGACGGAUGAAGUCAAUCUGGGAUUUUACGGACUAGAUCCCAGAAUUAUUCGUCCACUUUCCGAUGCCAUAACGAAUAAUACUUCAGUGCAAACAAUUAAUUUACAAGAAAAUUGGCUGACAGUGGACGCCUGUUUUCACUUGAACGAUUUAUUAAUAAACAACGGGAUCUUGUCGUCGAUUAAUUUGUCAGGAUGUAGAAUAGGCCCUAGAGGAGCGAAAAGGCUGAUCGACGGGAUCGGGAGAGCACCAGCUCUUCAAUAUCUGAACGUGAGCAAAUGCCAAUUAGGGGAUGAAGGUGCGACCCACAUCUGCCAUGGAGCCAGCGAGAGUCUGACCCUGAGAGUUCUCGAUUUAUCCGAUAAUGAUAUCGAUGGAUCAUUCGCCCGUUCUCUUUACUACACCCUAGUGCAGACCGAGACACUCCAGGAAAUAAAUCUCGCUUGGAAUUCAGUGAAGUCCGACGAGUUCUGGGAGAAUUUUCUCACUGGAAUUUUCAAGAACCUGAGUCUGACGAGAAUCGAUCUGUCGUGGAACUCCCUGGGAAGUCAGUGUCUACGUUUUUUGAUGGAAUUAGUGGCAAAAGCUCCAGGAGUCGAGGAUAUCAAUCUCUCCAAUAAUCGAUUGAACGACGAAGACGUGGGAAAAUUGGCGAUUUCCAUUUCGAAAUCGAGAACUCUUCGGAAUUUGUCCUUGAAGAAUAAUCCGAUUGGUCCAGAGGGUGUCCUCGCCCUGGUGAAGUCCCUGAAGUCUUCUCCGGAGCUUCACCUGGACCUGGGGAACAUCUGGGCAGAUAAAAAAGUUAUUCCGUACCUCGAAGGGAUUAAAACCGUGAACCUGGGAGGAAUUCUGAGUAAUUAUCACCUAGUGGGUCCAGACCCCAGGUCAAUAUUCCUGAAGAGAGCGAACUUCGAGGCGAUGAAGCCCAAGAAAAAAAAACAGCGGAGGAACUUCGGCCACUUCGUCCUCUCCCUCGAGGGCUCGACAAUUUCCAAAUCUGAUUUUGUGAUUUUAAUUCAACGACAUAAAAUCAAAUUGUCGGAGUCUCUCGUCGAGGAGAUUGCCAUGGCUUUUGCUGAGGGUAAGGACGAGGUCGACCUGAUGAAAUUGAAGGCCUUUUACCUCCAGGAAUAUCCAGAGACUAGUCUUCCCCCGCCAAAACCAGAGAAGAAAAAAGGGAAAAAGUCGAAUGAUGAAGCGAAAGAAAAAACCGCGGGCGAUAAUCCGCUAUCAGAGAAAAAGCUCACGAGGUUCGUCUUUUCCCUUCAAUUAAUUAAUCAAUUAAAACGUCUUAAUGAACGGAAUAUUAAUAAUUAACUGCAUCCCCAGGUUCGAAUGACAAAUGACAUCGAGUGAUUUCGCCUUCGAGAAACCGAAACGAAAAAAAAAUCCCAGAAAAUGGUUUUUUGAAAAAAACACUCAUUGCAAUUCGUUACAAUGA